GCUUUUUUUGAAAGUGAUAACUGCAUUACAAUUGUUCCUCAAAUUCAUGGGUCAAUAAUGCUGACAGGACUUACAUGGCAAAGAGCAGAAACUGAUGGGAUGAAAAUGAAAUUGUAUAAAGGCGUCAUUCUCCUUUUUCUGGGAUUGUUUAUUAAGGUUUCUGUGGCAGGCAAUUCCACACAGGUGUUCUAUAUAGAGCUUGAAUUCGAGUCAUUGGUGGACGUGAACGUCACUAAGUUUCUGGGCCAGCUGAAGGAAAUUGACUUAGCAAAUGCAACUGUAACGCAAUUCAACUCUACAACAAAAUGCAACCUGUCUGAGAUAAACAAGCAAUGUCAAUGCAUGCCAGGAUACACAUGGAGUGAUGACGUGGAGUGCACAGAUCAGUGCACGCUAAAUAUUAAUCGAACUGCAGUGUGUUUGACUAUAAACAAAGUAAGCAUAGAUGGAACUACUACAAUUACAAAUAGGGAUUGUACCAUUUUAUGUGAUCAAAGCCUAAUUGAAAGUAGUAAGCACAAAGAGGAACUCCAGAACCUAACUACUAUGCUUGCUACAAAGUACAGCCAAUUGGAUUAUUUCGAUUCUCUGGUUAUCACCGGUUAUGGGAGCGGGAGUUUGAUCUUAAACUAUACUGUGAUCUAUCUUGGUCCAGUUUCAAUGAUCAAACUUCAGAAUGUUGUUCAGCAAGUGGAAAAUACUAACCUGGUAACAAAAGGCUUCAUCAAUAUUGACAUAGCUGAACAUCAGCCGGUUGAUAUUAACUCCUCUGCAACUAUAACUUGUACACCAUCAGGGGAUAUGGGUCCAACUGUAAAUUGGUUUUUAACAAAUGGCCAGAAUAAAACCACAGAGAUUACAAAUGGACAAGAAGCCACAUUGAAAACGAAUGGAUCUAAAAGCAUCGCUCAACUGAAAUACUUUUCUGAAAGCUGGAAAGGAACAUUUAAAUGCGUGUAUGCAAUGAAUGCCAUAAGUCACACAGCAAGUGAACAGCUGGACGUCGCACUUUUGCCAAACAUACAGGCCCUGAGCGAUCCCCAGUUUCCUGACUGUAGAGGUGUAUCAAGCACAAACUUAAAAGUGUAUUGUAAUAUUUCCGCCGACUCUGAAAAUUACACUGUUACAUGGAUUUCCUCUGCUUAUAGGACUACUGUUGGCCCCACGGAUAGAAUAGGGAAUAGGAUAUCCUACACAGCAUACUUCAACAUAAAAUGUAUUGAUGAGACACUGAAGGUUUCAUGUACGUUCAAGAACAAUAGAUCCAGGAACAAUUUAACCAGAACACAAAAUAUGCAGAUACCCAUAAUUCUUGAAAAUUCAAUAACCUGCCCUCCGGAAGGAGUUUGGCCCAUUGCUAAAAGCAGUUAUACAGCCACCCUGACUUGUGACAACUCUGGUGUUGGUCGGAGAAUGAGAAACUGCACUGGCGGUGUGUGGUCUAAGGAAAUCUCUACUUGUGUAAAUGCAAAUCUGUUUGAAAUCCAAACUGAUGUACAGGAAUUAAACAAAGGUAUUGGCUUUAUAAAGGACAAUGCAGACCAACUGUUCCAACGCAUAAAUGACUCAACUACUCUGAAGAUGUUUACAUUUCCAAAUAUUGAGACAUCUGUAAAAAUCUUUGGAGUCAUGGACGAUGUAUCUAUACGCCAGCAAAAUCAAUGGAAUGAUACUGUCAUGUCUAAACUCGUCAGCUCUGCAAGCAACCUUUUGAACGACCCAUCUGGCUGGAAAAACCCUAAAACUGAAGACACAUUUAUUUCUGUACAAUAUUUAAAAACUAUUGAGAGAAUGAUGAACAACUCAAAUCUGAUCUCGAAUGUGCCUUACAUUUCUCUUAAUGCUCAAAUGGUGCUCUGCAAUCACACCAGUGCGGCAGACCUUUGCAAGACCUUUAAUGCUAGUGUCAGCAACUCAGAUAAUAGUGUUGUUGUUUUUGGAUUCCGGAACCUUUAUCAAAUUUUACCAACAGCUCAGGGAAAUUACUCAAACACCACCAUCUUGUCAGUUACCCCGGUAAAUGCAACCAAUAUGAACAGAAGUAUAACGCUUGAGUUUGAUUUUGCUAAACAAAGGCUUCCAAAUCACAUGAUAUACUGUGUUUACUGGGAUGAAAACCUAAACAACUGGUCUUCAGAAGGGUGUACUUGGGCUGGUGCAGACAACCCCACAUCAUGCACAUGUACUCACAACUCUGCGUUCACCAUACUGAUGUCCAAAAAUGCAGAGACCCUUCCUUAUAUGGACGAACUGACCUACGCUGGCUUAGGAAUUUCCAUCCUUUCGCUUCUUGUGUGUUUAAUCAUUAAGAUUUUGGUAUGGGAUGCAGUUGUAAAGUCGCCCAUCUCCAAUUUCCGCCACGUGGCCUUAUUCAACAUCUCCUUAUGCUUGCUGUUCGCGCACUGUACCUUUUUAACAACGGCCAAACCAGAGAACAUCCCCCCAAACUGGUGCGCCAUCCUCACCUUAAUCAAGCACUUCUUUUUCCUUGCCGUCUUCUUCUGGAUGCUGUGCUUGAGUUUUGUGCUGCUCCACCAAAUGAUUUAUGUCUUUGACCGUCUGCGCAAAAAGGUGUUUUUGGGACUGUCUAUCACUGUUGGAUACGUAUGCCCAAUAAUAGCCGUGGCAGUAACCUAUAUAACGUUUAACAAUGGUGCAGAAGGUGAAUACUACUCCAAAAGCACUUGCUGGCUCACAUAUAAGGGGACUCUGAAAGGCUCACUCUUUGCCUUUAUUUUUCCUAUCGGAGCGAUUGUGUUUGUAAACCUGUUCACACUAGCUGUGGUCAUCAUGAAGAUAGCAACUCCUUCUAUCUCAGAGGCAAAGGCUCGGGAUGAAAAGGACGUUGCCAAGAGUAUGAUUAAAACAAUCGUCUUCCUAAGCCCUGUCCUCGGAUUAAGCUGGAUCUUGGGAUUCUUUGUGCUGGGACUUGACCUUACUGUAAAACCUUGGGCAGCACUAGUGAACUACUCCUUCACAAUAUUCAAUUCGCUGCAGGGCUUGUUCAUUUUGCUGACAAACUGCGUUGGAGAGAAAAAGAUUCGUGAUGCACUUCUGAAGCGUUUCAAAAUCAAGCAAUCAGUGCAUUCUAAAACUGAAAGCUCAACCAAAGCUCAGUCUUCAAUCAUGAGGAAAUAAAUAUGGCACAGAUUUAGGUCUUUACCUGAAAGAAGGAAUGCAAACAUUUUGAGAUUAAAUUCUGUCUCGUUCUAUGCAGAAUAAAACAGGUUGAAAAUAUGUCAAAUAUGUUAAGAGUUUAUUGUUUUAUGCUUUGCCAUGUCAAGUUUACUGUAUUAUGAAUGUAUUCUCAGGGUAAAAGCUAUAUUUGUCUUUCUGAAAAUAGUAUAUGCUGAUUCAUGUAAGUAUAUUUAUGCUUGUAUGUUUAUGUAUAGCCUAUUUGAUAAUAUUCAAAACUGAUGAACGUCUUAGACAAAUAUAAUCUUUGUCAUAUAAUUUUAUUGUCCUCCAACAAUGCUUUCUUUAUAAUUUUAUAUUUAAAUGUGCUUUGAAAUUCAGAUGUUAUCC